AUGGCAAGCACCCAGCCACCACCACAAUUCCAUGUGAUGCAGUAUAUAAUCUCUUCAAUAGACUCCCCAGAGAUAGAUAUUGAGCCAAUUCGUGGACGUUUGGCAUCAGGACUUGAUGAAUGUCCUCCUGACGAUAGAUGCUUGUCCUGGCUCAUUGUAUUAGGCGUAUACUCAAGCAGUCCAGCAGAUUGGCCAAGAAAAUUACAUCAACUUAAGCAAGAAUAUAACGGAUACAUAAAUGAUUUGAAAGUUGCAGAUUGGCACACCAAAGAUAUACCCACUGUUAUUCCAUACGAUGCAGAUUUAGGAUUAGCCAAUAAAGCUACAAUGCUUUUAAUUCACGAAGAUAUCAUACGUACAAGUCGUAGUAUUUUCUGUCUACCACCAUUAAGUGUUUCCCCUCCUGAAGGUGAGCAGAAUGAUGACAUCUAUUUUCUAUAUAGUUUCCAUUUUAGAAAGAUGGAAAGGAUUUUAUAUACUUUUGCAAUGUUGAACCCAUUUAUUGGUUAUAUGCAAGGUUUCAAUGAACUUAUACAACCAAUGUAUUACGUUCUCGUUCAAGCUCUUGAAUUAUUUAAUUUUGACUAUCAUACGAUUGAAGUUCUUUGCUUCAAUAUGUUUCUCAAGUUAAUGAUGAACACCAAUCUUGUUUCAUUUUUCCGUACAUCAAGCAAUGCUGGCACUUUAGCUCAACUUUCAGUUUUCACAGCUCUUUUGAACAAAUACCAGCCGGAUGCUGCUAGUGUCAUAGAGAAGCUCAAUAUUCAUACAGCGUUCUACGGAUUUCGUUGGUUUGCCUUACUUUAUUCACAAGAAUUUCCUUUGCCAGAUGUCAUAUGGAUCUGGGAUGCCAUUUUAAGUCAUUUUGACAAGGUUACAGACUACGCAUUCUACAUUGGCCUUGGAAUUAUUGAUCAAAUGAAAAAUAGAAUUAUGAAAUCUGAUUUUGCUUCUUGCAUAGCCAUGUUCCAGAACCUGAACGCGCAAGAUGUCAAGAAAUCCAUCAUUUAUGCUAACAAAUUAUGGAAAAAUUACAAAUCAGAUAAAAAGCGUUUAUUUAUUCAAUAA